UAGCAGACGUGUGCCAGCUAACGGUACAAUUAAUUGUAAUAUUAAAUUACACCUGUGAGUGCUUUACAACUAAAUAAUUAUCGCGACAAUGAAAGCGAUUUACUUAGUAUUUGUGCUGUGUUGUUGUGUGUGCUCUAAUUUUGGUGGACAAAGAAUGCUGCAGCCAGCAAAGUGGAGACCCGUCGCUGUAGCUGCGACAACGCUGGCACCAAUGGUUGCGCAACACUCAAGACAAGCGCGGAGGAGUGAGCAAACAAAUGCAAAGCUCAAUGAAACAAACAAUGAAACUUCGCCGCUUUUAGUGAAUGGCACUGAUGUUAUGAGCGAAUUGGAGAAAGAGGAAUCUUUGGCAUCGUACGAUCAUAAGCACAGAGUUUUGUUGGCGGUGCAAUCGGAUGUGAAAGUGCGUGAUACGACUAAGCAGAAAGAAAGGCUUCGUAAUUUGUCGCUGAAAAACGAUGCAUCGGAUUCACGAAAACGCUUUAAGAAGCCAUCCAAAAGCCAUCCAAAAGAACUCAUGUCAAAAUUUCAUCGUACAAACGAAGAUAUGCAUUCAAGCUUCGAAGAAACCGAACCAGUCGUUGACGUGGCGUCAAUACCUAUAAAGUCAAAGAGACCUCAAACCAACACUGUGAAAAAGAAUCAACGUCUUGCGAGUUUUCAAAUAAUUGAGUGCGGGGACAUUCCAUAUAGUGAAGCAUUGUUGAAUUCGGCUUUCGUCGAUGAUAUGGAAGGUGUGAAAAGCAAAAAUCAAGAGCAAAAGCAAAAUAAACCAAAACUUUUGUCUGCGGCCGAUGUUGAAGAUUUACUCAAGUUACAACGAAAACUCCUUAAGUCGCGUCGGAACCAACUAAAGAUGAUGCCACGUUAUCACAGGUUUCCCCCUUAUAUUAGGCCAGCAAAUCUAGCAGCCUACAAUCGUUUUAACUUUAAUAAUCCCUGCAACCACUUUGACUACAAUUACUAUUUUGAUCCUAUGAGUGAGGUUGAUGUACCAACUGUGGAAUACAUUUGGGAAGAAAAUGACGAUGCCGCUGAUAAUAUUGCAGAUCUCAUAAAUAAGAACUUGCAGGGUGGAGAAUGAUGGAAAAUGGGUAUUUUUUAAACGCAAUAAUUACGUC